AUACGGUCAAUAUAGACGUAUCACAGGUGCUUAUGAAUGUGGUGUACUAACAGGAAAAGGUAUUGCAUUUGGUGGAUCACAUCUUCGUCCAGAAGCAACAGGUUUUGGAGCGAUGUAUUAUGCCGCGGAAGUGUUGCGAGAAAAAAACGAAACAUUUGAAGGUAAAACAAUCGUUUUAUCGGGCUAUGGGAAUGUGAGUUGGGGAGUAUGUUUGAAAGCAAAAGAAUUUGGUGCCAAAGUAAUUAGUAUAUCAGGUCGAGACGGUUAUAUACACGAUGCAGAAGGAAUCAACACCGACGAAAAAAUGAAAUUUAUGUUAGAUAUGCGUGAAAUAGGUAAAACUAAGUUAGAAGAUUAUGCGAAAAAAUUUAAUGCCAAAUUUGUUCCAAAAAAAAAACCAUGGUCAUUGAAAGCUGAUAUUGCUUUUCCAUCAGCGUGUGAAAAUGAAAUUACAUUAGAGGAUGCAAAACAAUUAGCAGGAAACGGUGUCAAAUAUGUGUUUGAAGGUGCCAACAUGCCAACAGAUGCAGAAGCUAUGGAGUUUUUUAAAAAGAAUGGUAUAAUUCUUGGUCCCGCCAAAGCAUGUAAUGCUGGUGGUGUGGCUGUAUCCGAACUAGAAAUGUCACAGAACUCGGAACGUUCAUCUUGGACAAAAGAAAAGGUGGAUGCUAAAUUAAAAGAAAUCAUGGUUAAUAUUGUUAAAAAGAGUCGAGAAGCAGCUGAAAAAUACGGUUUGAACAGAGAUGAUUUGGUUGCUGGUGCUAAUAUUGCCGGUUUUGAAAAGGUGGCUGAAGCAAUGUUAGCUCAAGGCAUUUAUUGA